CCUGGGCAUCAUAAAGGACGCUGAGAAGCUGUUGUUGCUGCUGAAAUCGCUUGUGAUUGGGAGAUCUCUGGUGUUGACAAAUGAUGAAUGCUCAGCCGCGGCAACGAAGACCAUUGCGGUGGCCGUCUAUCCUCCUCUGGCUCUCAUCGUGCAUCAUCCACUUCGCCCUGUCGAGCAGCAUAUCCCCCCCAGCUUUCGUCCCCUCACCCCUUUCACGCCUCCCGAUCUCAAGGCUGUCCCAUCCGCUGCACAGCAGCCAGCCCAGAUCAGCUUCACUCCUGCGCCUUGCGAGCGAGGCGGCCACAAAGAAGACUCGCAAGACAUCGACGGAGGAGGAGUUGCCGCCGAGGUCGGCAGCACCAUCUGCAGAGGAAGAGGAAGUGGCGGAGCCGACGCGUCCGCCGCCUCCGAAGGGCAGCAAGUUGGUGGUAUAUCUGAAUGACAUCGAGGCGGUGGAGCGUGAGGUGCUGGAGGAGGGGGCCGACCUGUUCACCAUCCUGGCUGAGAGGAAGGGCGUGGAUCUGCGCGACUACGAGGAGGUGGAGAUCCGCAUGUGGGAGUCCAUACGGCUCAGAAACAUCCUCAUCGUCGUGGGGUUUGUCGUGGCGGCCGUCGCUUACAACCUCUGGGUCGGGAGCGUGGUCGAGAAGCUGGACACACAGCCGCUCGACGCCCUCAUUGAGCAGUCAAUGCUGUGGUGACAACGGGGGCAGGGACCGAAGGGUGCGUGUGGGCG